CUCAAAAAUUGCACAAUGAAUUUGUUGAUUCGGAAUCACAGGAUCGGUCGAUGUUACAUUUGAUGAAUCAAUUUUUUUUCUGCCUAUGUUAUGUCCCUCUAUCUUGUUUUGACCGAUGAAUCAUGAAUUUUCCAUUGGAAUUAAACUAAUUCUCUUAAUUGGUUUUUAUUACCCUCGUAUAUGGGAAAAAUGGAUAACCUAUCAGAACAUCCACCUUGGGAAAUAAAAUCAGAGAGUUCAUGAUUAUAGUUUUUACUCGAAGUAAGUCAUACCCCGAUAGUCAAUUCAAUUUGGAAACUAGUGCUUGUUGGUCUUUUGAUUCUAUCUUAUACAAGAAAGGACUUGAAUUUACUUGAAUUAUAGGUUGAUACUUGAUAGCGACAAAAUACGUUGGCAUUUCGGCUGAAUUUUCCAAUACAGUUGCUAAUGAAAUGGGACUUUCUUUUGAUUUCUUUAGUAAAUCAAUUAAGAGUUAGAAUUUCUUUUCCUUUUAAUCACUUAUUUGGUUUAUUUGCUUCUGAUAUCGCCAUUCCUCUUGAAUUUCAUAAAUAAAUUGUUGCUCCACUUUGUGCUCUGUAUGAACUCAGUUGUGAAUAUCUCAUCAUUGUAGCUGAUAACUCUUUGCGGCAGCGAUUUUGUUUUGCAUGCAGGCGGACAUAUCUCAGCAUUGGACUGGUGCUGUAGGAUCCAAUACAAGCCUGACACCAAUAUUAGUUGUGAGUGAUGGGGAGAAUCCUAAUCUAUUUGUGACUGCUGGACAUGAAGGUCUAAAAUUGUGGGAUGUGCGAUGGCUUGUCAUAUCAUUUGAUGAUGGCACUAUGAGGAUCCUAAGCUUAACAAAAGCUGCAAAUGAUGUUCCUGUCACUGGAGGCCCAUUUGCUGGACCAAAGUAUCAGGAUUUACAUGGUUUUACAUGUUCAGCAUUUGCAAUUUGGAGCGUCCAAGUAUCACAAACUACAGUUUGGAAUAAUUGGCUGUCAUAAAAUUGUAACAUCUCCAAACAGCGCUUGGUGUGUCGUUUAGGAUAAAGUUCUACCAAAUAUGCUUGGAAGUGCUUAAACCUAUGCUG